UCUGCUGCCCUAGACAUGCCUCAUUUCCUUCCACUCAAAUAGACUAGUAUCUGGGUUCCUACUCUGUUGAGUAAACAUUCCCUGACCCUCCCCAAAUAGUUGCUCAGUUGGCAUUCCCAAAGCCCCUCCACUCAGGUCCUGGCGAGGUAUAGCAUCUGAAGAUGGAGCUCUUUCCUGAAGCUGACUGGGGAAGAUGGGAGAGGGGUGCUCCUGACAGUUCCCAGUUACUCGCUGGAGUCCCCAGGGAAUGGACAUGCAGACUAGGGAAUAAGAGACUACCUCUUCCCCCACAUCCACGAGCCCCAGCACAGGCCCCGCAGCCAAGUCUCCUGAAUCGACGGUUGGGACCCCAUCGUCGCCCUCUGCCCUUUGCCCGACCCUCUCAGGCUCUCGAGAUCCUGCCCGCCUGUCCGGCCCUGCGCAGCAUGCAGCCCAUGGGCCUCCAGGGUCUCAGCGCGCUCUGCUGGAGGCCUCUGGUACAUCUACUCCUCCUGCUGACGUUGCUGUCACGGCCGAUAACCCGUGCCCAGACCAUACCCGGCGCCCCCAGCACCCCAAGUCUGCGGGAGCUUGCACAGGCCCUGAUGCGGGCCUUCCCGCUAGUGGAUGGUCAUAAUGACAUGCCCCUGGUCCUGAGGCAGUUUUACCGGAACCAGCUACAGGAUGUGAAUCUGCGCAAUUUCAGCGACGGCCAGACCAGCCUGGACAGGCUUAGAGACGGUCUCGUAGGUGCCCAGUUCUGGUCAGCCUACGUCCCAUGCCAGACCCAGGAACGGGAUGCUGUGCGCCUGUCUCUGGAGCAAAUUGACCUCAUCCACCGUAUGUGUGCCUCCUAUUCUGAGCUGGAGCUUGUGACCUCAGUUAAAGCUCUGAACAGUACCCGGAAGUUGGCUUGCCUCAUUGGUGUGGAGGGCGGCCACUCACUGGACAGUAGCCUCUCCGUCUUGCGUACCUUCUAUAUGCUGGGUGUGCGCUACUUGACCCUCACCCACAACUGCAACACGCCCUGGGCAGAAAGCUCAGCUAAGGAUAUUCACACCUUCUACAACAAUGUCAGUGGGCUGACCAGCUUUGGUGAGAAGGUGGUGGUGGAAAUGAACCGCCUGGGAAUGAUGGUAGACUUGUCCCAUGUCUCAGACACUGUGGCACGGCAGGCCCUGGAAGUGUCAAAGGCACCUGUGAUCUUCUCUCACUCAGCUGCCCGGGGGGUGUGCAACAAUGCACGGAAUGUUCCUGAUGACAUCCUGCAACUUCUGAAGAAGAAUGGAGGCAUCGUGAUGGUGUCCUUGUCUGUGGGGGUGAUGGAGUGCAACCUGUUAGCCAAUGUGUCCACUGUGGCAGAUCACUUUGACCACAUCAAGGCUGUCAUUGGAUCCAAAUUCAUCGGGAUUGGCGGAGAUUAUGAUGGGACCAGCCGAUUCCCGCAGGGGCUGGAAGACGUGUCCACAUACCCGGUCCUGAUAGAGGAGUUGCUGAAUCGUCGCUGGAGUGAGGAAGAGCUCCAGGGAGUCCUUCGCGGAAAUCUGCUGCGGGUCUUCAGACAGGUUGAACAGGUACGGGAAGAAAACAAGGGGCAAAGGCCCUUGGAGGACGAGUUCCCGGAUGAGCAGCUGCGUAGCUCUUGCCGCUCUGUCCUGCCGCCGCUGCAUCAGAGACAGAAUGUGGCUCCAGACCAGACACUAACUGAGACUCCAAUGCAUUGGACACCCAAGUCAUCACUUAAGGUGUCAUUCUCAAAAUCCUCCUCCCACAUAGCCCCAGGCUUCACAGUUAUUGCUGCCUUCCCAGUUCUCCUUCUGUGGCUCUUGUGACCCAGUUAAUCCUGCCAGAUGUCAUUUUGGCAGCUGUGGACAUCCCACGAAGUUCCCCUGUUGUGCAGGCACAAACAUUUCCUGAAAAUAAAUAUUU